AUGCUUGAAAAAACGAAAGCAUAUUUUGAGACCUGCAGAACAGAAGAAAAGUUUGUCUCUUUCUUGACAGAUUCCAAAAAAUUGGCUACAGAAUUAGAGCUAGAAGAUCUAACGAUACCAUGGAUAAGUGUUUCCCGGCGACAAAGUAAGAAUCCAAUGCACUUUACCUAUGAAGGACGGGAUGAGACAAUAGAUGACCCAACAAAACGUUACAAGACUGAACUCUACUAUUAUCUUUUAGAUAUAGUAACCACAUCUUUGGAUGAGAGAUUCAAUCAACUGAAAUCUCAUUGUGAUUAUUUUGAUUUUCUCUAUGACAUCGGCGAGUUGAAGAAUGCACCUCCUGACAGCAUGGACACAAAGUGUAGAAAUCUCGCAGCGAUUUUGCGAGAUCAUGAGUCAAGCGACAUUGAUACACUGGAGUUGAGGGAAGAACUAAAAGUGCUUCCAACAUUGUUGAAACCUGGAAUAGGUCCAAAAGAGACUCCGAAGUUUAUAGGAAGACAUAAUUUUUGCCAUAAUGUUAACAUUGCUCUGAGAAUUCUCCCAACACUCCUAGUGGCAGUUGCGAGUGGAGAGGGGAGUUUCUCAAAACUGAAAUUGAUAAAGACAUACCUCCGAUCAACGAUGAGCCAAACUCGUUUCAAUGAUCUUGCAACAAUAUCGAUUGAGCAUGAGCCUGCAGAGGACUUAAAUUACACAGAUCGUGUGAAAGAGUUUGCACAAGCGAAAGACAGGAAGGUUCGAUUUGUCUAG